CUCACAGGGAAAAGUAGGAGGAAAGUUUAUUUCUUUCGUGUCAAAGGUUAUUGCGCAUGGCAUUUAGGCAUUUUGAAAUCGCGCGGGACUGAGGAGAGGUUGAAGACACUUAUCGAGAUAAGGACGGAGCCAGCUGUGAUGGCUAACAUCAUGGACCCAGACAUCAUGGACAGUCUGUUUGACAUGCCUGAGUAUGAGGAGGAUGAUGAUGACUUCCCUCCCCUGCCACCACCGCUGCCCCCCCUGUCUCCUGCCAGAGAGGAUGGGGAGGACGGGGGGCAGGGGGAUGCCAUGGCUAAUGGAGAAGACACAGAUGACAUCGGAGGGAAGAUGCUGGCAGCCAUGGAGGACGUGCCGAUGGCAGGAAAAAAGUCACGCAGGAAGCCACAGCCAAAAUUAGACGCUAAAAGGCUGUGUGGUGAGCGAGGCAUCCCGUCCCUGCCCAAGCACUUUGACAAGGUGAAGUUUGCCGGGAAGGGUCACGAGGCGGAGGACCUGAAGCUGCUGAUGCGAACCAUGGAGCACUGGGCACACCGACUCUUCCCCAAACUCACCUUCGACGACGUCAUUGAGAAGGUGGAACAGCUGGGACAGAAGAAACCUGUACAGGUCUGUAUGGAGAAGCUGCGGAUGGGCAUGCCUCUCCUGGAUGAGGACUUUGUCAGAAGAGGAGAUGAUGAGGACCAGGCUGACGAGGCAGGUACAGGUGCAGGUACAGGUGGAGGUGCAGGUGCAGGCAGUGACACAGACUCUGGUGCCCAGCCUCCGUCCCAACCCGGCCCCAGCCAGUCUACCGGCCUGACUGCAGAACAGCGGGAGAAGAUGGAACAGAACAGACGUCUGGCCGAGGAGCGCAGGAAAGCCCGGCUCCAGGCCAUGCAGCAGGCCCAGGAAGACGCCAUCCCAGGACCAAGUAGUGCCCCAGACGAUGAGAGUUCUGCCAUGGACACCUCACUCGGCUCUGAUGAUUUUAGUUCCAACAAAGGCGCCGACGACGUUCAGCAGGACAUACAACCACCUGCAGAAAACAUGGAAACCUCCUCACAGCCUGUUCCUGAGGAGACCAGCCAAGGAGAUGAUUUACAUAUAUCCCACAAUGCACCAGACACCACUGGUGCUGCGGAGCCUGAUGAGGAUUCAAAUGAAGGAAGCAGUUCUAAUCUGGAGGACAAUGUCAAUAGCCAGAGCAAACCAUCAGAUGAACAUCUACAAACUGUAGUUGAAAAUAACACUGUUGAUCAGGAACCAGUAGAGUCGAACGGCCCAAAUGAACAGGCUUCUUCAGAUGAUGAGGAUCUGUGAUGGGCUGUAUGUAUGUAUAUAAGAUGUUACUGUAGCAGGAUGGAAAUGUUAUCAUAGCUGUUGUAGUCAUUCAGUCUUUUCUUCUUGUAUUAAAAAAGUAGCAGACAUAAUACCAUGAUGUGACAUAACUGUAAUCAGCUUUUUUUCCUUAAAAGUUUUACUGGGAGUGCACCCAAAUAUUGAUGCAGGGAGAUCGAGUUGUUAAGCCUUCUUGGUGAGAGGCCUUCUGAAGGUUUCUAUACCAGCAAGUUAGUAUGUUUUUCCUCAUGUGACCAACAUUUGUUCCCAUUACAACUAACAGUACCAUAUCAGUUAUCACCCUUUUAAA